AUGGGCCUCUCCUAUAAUGUGUACCUGAAUAGCCACAAGAUCUACGGCUGCAAGAAUUGUAAGGCUCAUCUUUCCAACCAUGAGGAUAUCAUCAGCCGAAACUUCCGUGGCCAACAUGGCAAAGCCUACCUCUUCAACAAUGUCGUCAAUGUUGUAGCCGGCGAUGCCUCGGAGCGUAAUAUGACCACAGGCCGCCACAUCGUCCGCGACAUUGCGUGCAGACAGUGCAGUGAGACAGUUGGCUGGAAGUACGAUAAGGCGUAUGAAGCUAGUGAGAAGUACAAGGAGGGCAAGUUCAUUCUAGAGGCUGAGUUGCUUUGCAAUGUCACCUAG